UUCAGAGCUUCCUCUCAAACCAGAAACGCUGCCGCUUCUCUUCUGCUCUCUAUUAAUCCUCACCAAUCUGUUACAAAGAAAGGUACCCUUUUCUACAAAGAUCCUUACUUUUCUAUAAAUUUCAUUUCUUUUUCAUUUUUUUUUUGCUGAUAUUGGAAAAAGGCCUAGAAAGAUGUCAGGUGUUAGUUCAUUUUCAACAAGUCUAGUCACAAAUCCAACUUCAAGACUUCCUCAUCAUGCCAUUCAAUGUACUGAGUUCCUGGGGUUUGUGCCUAAGGGGAGGCCUAUAAAUGUGACUUUGAGUUGGAGGUUUCCUGUUAGAACACAAGUUGGUGUAAUUCAGUUGUUUGGUUUGCAUAAGACGAAGUUGAAACUGAAAAGUUUUGCCUUUUCUGUUCCUAAUGAGAAUGAUCAAGCUGGAUUAUGUGAUUCGGGCACUUGCACUGGCGAUGAAAUGCCUGUUCCUUUUGAAAAUGAUGAGAAUUUGAAGGGCCCAGAUGAAGAAAUUGUUUCUUCUGUUUUGGGUACAGACGUGGAUUUAUUGCGGACUGUUGAGCAUCUGGGCAAUAAAGGGAGUGUUGUUGAAAAGUUAAAGGCUGUUUACUUGCAUGUACUGGCAUCUGAACAAUGGAAUGCUUCUCAACUCAAAUUGUGUCACAGAAAUUACUUGGAUAGUGCAACAAACUUGAUACAUUAUCUGGCUUUGAGGUGCCUUGACAUUCAGCAACUGAAAGAAGAUCUCACUUUGGUCGGUCUCAUGAAUUUGGAGAUUAUCAAUUUGCAUGUUCUUUCAAGUCUUAAUGCCAGUAUUCGACUUUUGGAGGCCUUGAAAUCAAAUUCUUUGAACCCCAAAGAUAGUGUUAGUGCAGGAAUUUUCACAGAGAAAAGAUUAGACCCACAGAAUGAUGGAAAAUUCACAAUACAAACAAUGAGGAAGAAGGCCUCCUCCAACAGUGAGUUCUUGUUGGGCCGUCUACAAGAUGGCAGAACUACUCACAUCAUGGUAACAGUUGGCCAAGAAGCUACCGAGAAUGAAACAUUUAUCACUGAUCUCAUCAAGGCAGGUACUUCCAUUAUUCGCAUCAAUUGUGCUCAUGGAAAUCCUAGCAUCUGGAGUGAGAUAAUCAAAAGAGUGAAAGAAAGUUCCCAGAUGCUGGAAAAACCUUGUCGAAUUCUCAUGGAUUUAGCAGGACCAAAGCUCCGAACAGGGAAGCUGAAGUCUGGUCCAUCUGUAGUCAAAAUAUCUCCCAAGAAAAAUGCUUCAGGAAAUGUGGUAUUCCCUGCUCAAGUUUGGUUGUCUCGCAGAGAAGCAGGUCCUCCUCCUACUCAUUUGUCUCCGGAUGCAGUCCUGUUCGUAGAUGACCAACAAUUUCUCAGUGAGCUUGAGAUAGGUGACACUAUAAGAUUCAGUGAUGCUAGAGGGAAGAAAAGGCUGCUUCGAAUUUCCAAAAAAAUUCAUGUUUUCUCUGGUACUGGAUGUGUGGCUGAGUGUACUAGGACUGCUUAUGUUCAGUCCGGAACAGAACUUCACGUGAAGGGAAAGAAAAGGAGGUCACAACUUGGGAAAGUAGUGGAUGUCCCAGCUAUAGAGCCGUAUAUCAGACUGAGAGUUGGAGACUUGCUAGUCAUUUCACGAUGCAGCUCUUCCGAACUAGAUGAAAUGCAUGUGUCUAUGAGUGGCACUCAUAAGAUCACUUGCUCUUCUGGCUAUCUGUUUGAUUCAGUCACACCUGGUGAACCAAUUGCUUUUGAUGAUGGAAAGAUUUGGGGAGUCAUAAAAGGAACAGAUAUAUCUGAAAUCAUUGUCUCUAUCACCCAUGCUAGUCCAAAAGGCAGUAAACUUGGAUCCGACAAAUCCAUUAAUAUCCCAGAGAGUAAUAUUCGGUUUGAAGGCCUGACAUCAAAGGAUCUUAUGGAUCUUGAAUUUGUUGCUGCCCAUGCUGAUAUUGUAGGUGUUUCUUUUGUUAGAGAUAUUCAUGACAUUGUUGUGCUCCGCCAAGAACUGGAGAAGCGCAAACUUCAAAACCUUGGGGUUAUUUUGAAAAUCGAGACAAAGAGUGGGUUUGAGAAUUUGCCUCUUAUACUUUUGGAGGCAAUGAAGUCCUCAAAUCCUUUAGGGGUCAUGAUUGCUAGAGGAGAUCUAGCCGUGGAGUGUGGAUGGGAAAUAUUGGCUGAUAUGCAAGAAGAAAUUAUUUCUCUUUGCGGUGCCGCCCAUAUACCAGUUGUUUGGGCAACUCAGGUCUUAGAGUCGCUUGUGAAGUCUGGUGUUCCUACCAGAGCUGAGAUCACUGAUGCGGCCCAUGGAAGGAGGGUAAAAUGUGUCAUGUUAAACAAAGGGAAACACAUUGUGAAAGCAGUUUCAACUUUGGAUAACAUCCUCCAUUCGAAAUCAGCAGAAAGGAAAGUAGACGUAAAGCCCGUUAUACUCUCUAGCCACCAAUUGCGUUAAAAAGUUGGUCUUUUCUAGUGGAUAUCUGUCUCUUUGAUUUUGGAAAGCAGAAGAGGGGUUGGCAUAUCUAAACCCUAAUCUUGUAAAUAUCUUUAGUUAAAAUAAAAAUUUGGGGAUUUGUCACUGUAGUUUGCUACUUUGUUAAUUUAUUAUAGACAAUGAGGGUGUUUUUCUUUU